AUCCAGUAAGUUGGGAGGUGCCAGGAAACCAGACACAAAGAAAAAUUUAGAAGGCAAGAGAGAGAAAGAAACAGUGAGAGUAAGCCAGACAUGAUGGCUACCUUCCCCAGAGCAGCCAGCUGGUCCCAGCAGCUCCCGGGCCCACAGGACGAAGACCCCAACCUGGAUGAGUACGACCUCUACAGCCUGGCUCAUUCUUACCUGGGAGUGGGAGGCCGGAAAGGUCGCACCAAGAGAGAAGCUGCUGCCAACACCAACCGCCCCAGCCCUGGCGGGCACGAAAGGAAGCUGGUGACCAAGCUCCAGAAUACGGAGCGGAAAAAGCGAGGGGCACGACUCUGAGACAGAGCUGGAGAUGAGGCCAGAGCACGCACACCUGGUGGCAGGACCACGGAGGAAUCAGCACCUGGAGCAGCAUCCAGGCCUACCUGCCUCCCACCCCAUCCCAAGGACUUACCCCACCAGACUGAGGCUCUGAGGGGCCACCCAGGAAGCACCCCCAGCUCCAGAAAAAGGGCAAAAUAGGGAGCAAGAGGCAGGGAAUGGAGAGUCAUGAAGGUACCCCAAAAAGAAAGAUGCUGAAGAAACCGGAGUUCCCUGGGGUGGCAGUGACAAUAAAGUACAGCAGCAGCAGCUGUGUGCA